ACUGGAUCACUGGCAUGUUGAUUGCUCUGAUGCCAAAAAGCAUACGGUUCUGCUGCUGUUUGUAUUUUCAAUCAAAGAAUGCAGGCAAGAACAAACAGAAAUCCUAAGAAAGAGCUUAGUAUAGAAUCUCCACAGCAGUGCAAGGAUGCAGGUCCUUGUGAAGUAGAAGUGGAGAGUCCUGUGGUAGUGCUGGCAAAACCAAAGCUCAUAGAACCAAUAGACUAUGAAAAUGUCAUCGUUCAGAGGAAAACACAGAUUUUGAAUGAUGCUUUACGUGAGAUGCUACUAUUUCCUUAUGAUGACUUCCAGACAGCAUUAUUGAAACGGCAGAGUCGAUACAUUCGUUCAACAGUUCCUGAAAAUGCAGAGAAGGAAGCUCAAAGCUUGUUUGUAACUGAGUGCAUCAAAACCUACAAUUCAGACUGGCAUGUUGUUAACUAUAGAUAUGAAGAUUACUCAGGAGAGUUUCGACAGCUUCCAAAUAAAGGGACAAAAUCGGAGAAGCUUCCGGUUCAUUUAUAUGAAGUGGAUGAAGAAGCAGAUAAAGAUGAGGAUGCAGCAUCUCUUGGGUCUCAGAAGGGUGGAAUAACAAAACAAGGAUGGCUGUACAAAGGCAACAUGAACAGUGCAAUCAGUGUGACAAUGAGAUCAUUUAAAAGAAGAUUUUUCCACUUAAUCCAACUUGGUGAUGGAUCCUAUAAUCUCAAUUUCUACAAAGAUGAAAAAAUAUCAAAAGAACCUAAAGGAUCAAUAUUUCUAGAUUCAUGCAUGGGAGUGGUUCAGAACAAUAAAGUCAGACGUUUUGCAUUUGAGCUCAAGAUGCAAGACAAGAGUAGUUACCUUUUAGCUGCAGAUAGUGAACUUGAAAUGGAAGAAUGGAUAAACACUCUGAACAAAAUCCUGCAGCUUAACUUUGAGGCUGCAAUGCAAGAAAAAAGAAAUGGAGAGUCCCACGAAGAUGAUGAACAAAGCAAAAUGGAAAGCUCAUCAAGUAGUUUUGAUAACUACUAUCCUGAAAUUGCCAAGAGUACCAGAGAAGCAGAAAUCAAGUUGAAAAGUGAAAGCAGAGUUAAACUUUUUGCCUUGGAUCCAGAUGCACAGAAACUUGACUUUUCUGGUAUUGAACCAGAAGUGAAGCCAUUUGAAGAGAAAUUUGGAAAAAAAAUUCUUGUGAAGUGUAACGAUUUAUCUUUUAAUUUGCAAAGCUGUGUUGCAGAAAAUGAAGAAGGACCAACAACAAAUGUAGAACCUUUCUUUGUCACAUUAUCACUAUUUGAUAUUAAAAACAACCGGAAGAUUUCAGCAGAUUUCCAUGUUGAUUUGAACCACGCCUCAGUAAGGCACAUGAUAUGCAAUGCAUCUCAACAAAUGAUGAAUGGCAGUGGUGAUAGCUUACACAGAAUUCAAGACAUUCACGAAACUGUGUUACAAUAUCCAAAGCAGGGCAUAUUCUCAGUCACAUGUCCUCAUACUGACAUUUUCCUCGUGGCUAGAAUAGAAAAAGUAUUGCAGGGAAGUAUUACACAUUGUGCUGAACCGUAUAUGAAAAGUUCAGAUUCUUCAAAGGUUGCACAGAAAGUUUUGAAGAAUGCUAAGCAGGCAUGCCAGAGAUUAGGUCAAUACAGAAUGCCUUUUGCCUGGGCAGCUAGGACGCUGUUUAAAGAUGCCUCAGGAACCCUGGACAAAAAUGCAAGAUUUUCUCCUCUCUUCAGACAAGACAGUAAUAAACUUUCAAAUGAAGACAUGCUGAAAUUGUUAGCGGAUUUCAGGAAACCUGAAAAGAUGGCCAAACUUCCUGUUAUUUUAGGAAAUCUGGAUGUUACAAUUGAUAAUGUGUCACCAGAUUUUCCAAAUUAUGUUAACUCAUCAUACAUUCCCAUGAAACAGUUUGAAAACAGUACCAAGACACUAGUAACGUUUGAAAUAGAGGAAUUUGUUCCCUGUAUACCAAAACACACUCAGCCUUUCACCAUCUACAACAAUCAUCUUUAUGUUUAUCCAAAAUACUUGAAAUAUGACAGUCAAAAGUCUUUUGCAAAGGCUAGAAAUAUUGCAGUAUGCAUUGAGUUCAAGGAUUCUGAUGAAGAGGAUUCUUUGCCAUUAAAGUGUAUCUAUGGUAGGCCAGGUGGACCAGUAUUUACUAGAAGUGCGUUUGCUGCUGUUCUACAUCACCAUCAAAAUCCAGAGUUUUAUGAUGAGAUUAAAAUAGAAUUGCCCACUCAGUUACAUGAAAAGCACCAUUUGUUGUUUACCUUCUACCAUGUCAGCUGUGAUAAUUCAAGCAAAGGGAGUACAAAGAAGAAAGAUGUUGUUGAAACACAAGUUGGGUAUUCUUGGCUUCCUUUAAUAAAAGAUGGAAGAGUGGUGACCAAUGAGCAACACACCCCAGUGUCAGUAAAUCUUCCGUCAGGCUAUCUUAGUUAUCAAGAAGUGGGGGUUGGAAAGCAUUCUGGUCCUGAAAUUAAAUGGGUAGAUGGAGGCAAACAACUGUUAAAAAUAUCCACUCAUCUGGUGUCUACUGUGUAUACGCAGGACCAGCACUUGCAUAAUUUUUUUCAGUACUGUCAGAAAACAGAGUCUGGAGCUCGUGCACUAGGAACUGAUCUUGUAAAAUAUCUUAAGAGCCUUCAUGCUAUGGAAGGCCAUGUGAUGAUAGCUUUCCUGCCAACUGUUCUAAACCAGUUGUUUAGAGUUCUCACUAGAGCAACUCAAGAGGAAGUUGCAGUGAAUGUGACAAGGGUUAUUAUCCAUAUUGUUGCUCAGUGUCAUGAAGAAGGCUUGGAUAGCUACCUGAGAUCUUAUGUCAAGUAUGCUUAUAAAGCUGAACCCUAUGUUGCUUCUGAAUAUAAGACAGUACAUGAAGAAUUGACAAAGUCCAUGACAACAAUUUUAAAGCCAUCUGCUGACUUUCUUACAAGCAACAAGCUACUUAAGUAUUCAUGGUUUUUCUUUGAAGUUCUGAUAAAAUCAAUGGCUCAGCAUUUGAUAGAAAACUCUAAAGUGAAGCUGUUGCGAAACCAGAGAUUUUCCGCUUCCUUUCAUCAUGCAGUUGAAACAGUUGUUAAUAUGCUAAUGCCACACAUCACUCAGAAGUACAGAGACAAUCCAGAGGCUUCAAAAAAUGCAAACCAUAGCCUUGCUGCCUUUAUAAAAAGGUGUUUUACUUUUAUGGAUAGAGGCUUUGUUUUCAAGCAAAUUAAUAACUACAUCAGCUGCUUUGCCCCAGGAGAUCCGAAGACUCUUUUUGAAUUCAAAUUUGAAUUUCUCCGUGUAGUCUGUAAUCAUGAACACUACAUACCUUUGAAUCUACCAAUGCCAUUUGGAAAAGGCAGAGUUCAGAGAUAUCAAGACCUUCACCUGGACUAUUCAUUAACCGAUGAGUUCUGUAAAAACCACUUCUUAGUGGGACUGCUUCUAAGGGAGGUGGGCAAUGCAUUACAAGAGUUCAGAGAGGUGCGGCAGAUUGCUAUUAGUGUGCUCAAGAACUUGAUGAUAAAGCAUUCUUUUGAUGAUAGAUAUGCCUCUAGGAGCCAUCAAGCAAGAAUAGCCACUAUGUAUUUGCCGCUCUUUGGACUGCUCAUAGAAAAUGUUCAACGAAUCAAUGUUAAAGAUGUGUCUCCAUUUCCUGUUAACCCUUCCAGCAAUAGUGCAAAGGAUGAUGCACUUAAUUUGCCAACUGCAAGUCAGCUAGUGACACCACAAAAAUCAGGAAACACAUUGGAUAACAAUCUUCCUAAAGAUCUAUUUGGUGUUAUCUCUGGCAUUGCUUCUCCGUACACCACGUCAACUCCAAAUAUGAAUAGCGUGAGGAACGCUGACUCAAGAGGCUCUCUUAUAAGUACGGACUCAGGAAACAGUCUCCCAGAAAGACACAGUGACAAGAGCAAUUCUCUUGACAAGAACCAACAGAGCAGCACUUUAGGAAGUUCUGUAGUUCGAUAUGACAAACUUGACCAAGCAGAGAUCAAAAGUCUGCUCAUGUGUUUCCUUCAUAUUUUAAGAAACAUGUCAGAAGAUGCAUUGUUUACAUAUUGGAACAAGGCUACAAAAUCUGAACUCAUGGACUUUUUCACGAUUACAGAAGUGUGCUUACAUCAGUUCCAGUACAUGGGAAAACGAUACAUAGCCAGGAACCAGGAGGGGUUGGGAUCCAUAGUUCAUGAUCGAAAAUCUCAGACAUUGCCUGUUUCCCGUAACAGAACAGGAAUGAUGCAUGCCAGAUUGCAGCAGCUGAGCAGCCUGGAUAACUCUCUCACUUUUAACCACAGCUAUGGCCAUUCAGAUGCAGAUGUUCUUCACCAGUCUUUACUUGAAGCAAAUAUUGCCACUGAAGUUUGCCUUACAAUUCUGGAUACUCUAUCAUUAUUCACAAUGGUUUUUAAGAAUCAACUACUGGCUGAUCAUGGGCAUAAUCCACUAAUGAAGAAAGUAUUUGAUGUAUACCUCUGCUUCCUUCAAAAGAAUCAGUCUGAAACAGCAUUGAAAAAUGUCUUCAUUGCUUUAAGGGCACUUAUUUUUAAGUUUCCUUCUACAUUUUAUGAAGGUAGAGCUGAUAUGUGUUCUGCACUGUGCUAUGAAAUUCUGAAGUAUUGCAAUUCCAAACUGAGUUCAAUUCGUACUGAAGCUUCACAGUUACUGUACUUCUUAAUGAGAAAUAAUUUUGAUUACACAGGGAAGAAGUCUUUCGUUAGGACACAUCUGCAAGUUAUUAUUUCAGUAAGCCAGUUAAUUGCUGAUGUUGUUGGAAUUGGAGGAACUAGAUUUCAACAGUCUCUUUCCAUCAUCAAUAAUUGUGCCAAUAAUGACAGAAUUAUAAAGCACACUACGUUCCCUUCUGAUGUUAAGGAUUUAACAAAACGGAUUCGUACAGUACUGAUGGCUACAGCUCAGAUGAAGGAGCAUGAGAAUGAUCCAGAAAUGCUUGUAGACCUCCAGUACAGUUUGGCAAAGUCUUAUGCUAGUACACCUGAACUAAGGAAGACAUGGUUAGACAGCAUGGCAAGGAUCCAUGUUAAAAAUGGAGAUCUUUCAGAGGCGGCAAUGUGCUAUGUCCAUGUAGCAGCUCUGGUUGCAGAAUAUCUCACACGAAAAGGUACGAUUUUGAAACCUUACUUUAAUAGUAGAAAACGAUCUUGCAUCCGUAGAAUCAGAGGUGGGAUGUUUAGGCAAGGUUGUACUGCUUUCAGAGUAAUCACACCUAAUAUAGAUGAAGAGGCUUCGAUGAUGGAGGAUGUUGGAAUGCAAGAUGUUCACUUCAAUGAAGAUGUGCUGAUGGAAUUGUUGGAGCAGUGUGCUGAUGGACUCUGGAAGGCAGAACGCUAUGAACUCAUUGCUGACAUAUAUAAACUUAUAAUACCCAUUUAUGAAAAACGGAGAGAUUUUGAGAGGCUUGCUCAUUUAUAUGACACUCUUCAUCGAGCAUACAGUAAAGUCACAGAAGUUAUGCAUACGGGCAAGAGACUGCUCGGAACUUAUUUCAGGGUAGCGUUCUUUGGACAGCAAUACCAGUUUACAGACAGUGAAACAGAUGUUGAGGGAUUCUUUGAGGAUGAAGAUGGAAAGGAAUACAUCUAUAAAGAGCCUAAACUCACGCCUCUUUCAGAAAUUUCCCAAAGACUCCAAAAACUCUACUCUGACAAAUUUGGAUCUGAAAAUGUCAAAAUGAUUCAGGAUUCUGGCAAAGUAAAUCCUAAGGAUUUGGAUUCAAAAUAUGCAUAUAUUCAAGUUACACAUGUAAUUCCAUACUUUGAAGAAAAAGAGUUGCAAGAAAGAAAAACGGAUUUUGAAAGGACUCAUAACAUUCGCCGCUUUAUGUUUGAGAUGCCUUUUACUCAAGCUGGUAAAAGACAAGGAGGAGUGGAAGAACAGUGUAAGCGACGGACUAUUUUGACAGCUAUACAUUGUUUCCCAUAUGUGAAAAAGCGCAUUCCAGUAAUGUACCAGCACCAUACUGAUUUAAACCCAAUUGAAGUAGCCAUUGAUGAAAUGAGUAAAAAAGUUGCAGAACUUAGGCAGCUUUGCUCUUCAGCUGACGUAGAUAUGAUCAAAUUGCAGCUGAAGCUACAAGGAAGUGUCAGUGUUCAGGUUAAUGCUGGCCCAUUAGCAUACGCAAGAGCUUUCUUAGAUGACACAAACACCAAAAGAUAUCCAGACAAUAAAGUAAAGCUCCUGAAGGAAGUUUUUAGGCAAUUUGUUGAAGCUUGUGGGCAUGCUCUGGGUGUAAAUGAACGACUUAUAAAGGAAGAUCAGUUGGAAUAUCAAGAAGAAAUGAAGGCCAACUACAGAGAAAUGGCAAAAGAGCUUUCUGAAAUAAUGCAUGAACAAAUUACGCCUGUUGAAGAAAAGGCCAGUGUCAUGCCUAAUUCACUACACAUUUUCAACGCCAUAAGUGGAACUCCAACAAGCACAACAGUUCAUGGGAUGCCCAGUUCUUCUUCAGUUGCAUGAUUGUUUUGUAAAGGAAAGUAUGUUCAGUUUUCUUAAAAGUAUGUGGAUUUGCUUCAUUGUGUGCAAACUCAGGAUGAUUUUGAAGCUAAAUGUUGGGCACGUGCAAGCUGCAUAAUUCAUAUGAAUGUCUGAGCACACUUAGCAAAUAGCAGUUACUGGUAAUAGUCUUUUAGAGUAAGGGAGGCGCACAUAUAUUUUUUAACCUUGCUGGUAACAUUUAAAAGUAUUCACAAUGUCAUUGCAGAAGUGCGUGUUGGAAAAUUAUAAAGUUGAAGUUAAUUUCUCUUUUUUCAUUAGGAAGUAUUAUUAAAAUGAAUUGCACAUUACAAAAAAAGUGUUGUGGGGUGUAAUUUUGCAGAUAUGUAACAUUCAGGUGUUCUUUUUGUGUAUGGCACAUAAAGGUUGAUUCCAAGUACAAGAACUAUUUUGAGGCUAGACAGAGACACUAGUUUUUUGGGUUUAAUGGAACUGACAAUAGUAGUUUUUGUACCAUUUGGCAAAUUGUUGUGCGUUAUUUUAUACCUUGUUGCAUUUUGGAGGUAUGUGAGCUUAGAUCUUACUAAACAACUAAAUACAACCAAAGGUCUGUAUUAAUGAACACUGAGUUAUACUAAAAUAUCAAUAGUAGUAAAUUGUUAUGUACAUAUUGUUUGUUAAUACAGUCCAUACAGUCUGUACAUAAAUGUAUUACAUUUCUAAGCAUUUUUUAAUAUUCAUACCAGCUCUUAUCCUUCUGCUUUCAGUUUAUUGUGAAAAUUCGCUCAUUCCAAGUAUAUGCAGACUUUACAGUUCAUUUAUUCCUGUAUAUAAAUAAGUGCAAUAUAAAGAUGUAUACAGUCUUUGCUAUGUUAGGUUUAUACGCAAUUAUUAAAAGAAAAAAUUUUUGCCAAAGCAAUGGAGUAUGUAAUUGGUGAUCAUGGUUACUGUGGUAAAUGGUGGUAUAAUUUAAAGCUUUUUCCAUAUUCUUUUAAGACAUUAAUUUAGUAAUUUUAUAUUUGGGGAAAAUAAAGGUUUUUAAUUUUAUUUAACUGGAAGCACUGUCCUGCUGUAAUUAAACAUUCUGUACUACAUCUAUAUUAAAAGGAAAAAAGUA